AUGAGCCUGCCGCGAGUUUUCUUUGACGUUGCUGCCGACGGUUCAGCGUUGGGAAGAAUUAUUAUUGAGUUGAGAACUGACGUCACACCUAAAACAUGCGAGAACUUCAGGGCCCUGUGCACCGGUGAAAAAGGUUUCGGCUACAAGGGCUCCACCUUCCACCGCGUCAUCCCCAACUUCAUGUUGCAAGGAGGUGACUUCACAAACCACAACGGUACCGGUGGAAAGUCUAUCUACGGCGAGAAGUUUACCGAUGAGAACUUCGUCUUGAAGCACACUGGCCCCGGUGUUCUGUCCAUGGCCAAUGCCGGUCCCAACACCAACGGCUCUCAAUUCUUCAUCACCACUCUCAAAACGUCUUGGUUAGAUGGCAGACACGUCGUCUUCGGUAAUGUGGUUGAAGGCAUGGAUGUUGUUAAGAAGAUCGAAUCCAUGGGCUCCCAGUCCGGAAAGCCAUCCCGCAAGAUUGUCAUCACCGACUGUGGACAACUCUCUUAA